AUGAUGCGCAAAAGCCACCACCAUCAUGACAGCCACAAUGAUGAACAUGUGAACCAAGAAAAAAAGGUAACCGUGGUGGAUGGAUCCUGAGAUGUUUUAGUAGAUGGAGCAUGGGAUUCCACUGAAGAAAUUCAUGUUUGCCCACUAACUCUCCCGAAAACUCUCUAGAAGUGCAACCAUCUAUAUAUGGUAUGCUGUUGGCUUUCCUUACACUUGAGUAAUUUCGUCCUCGCCAUAAGAUGAAAAUGCGUAAUCCGAGAUUUUAAUCAGUGUUUGGUCGACCCUCUUCAACUUUCAGCUACCUAUCCCUUCACGUUGUGAUUUUUAUUCCUUGUUUGGCUGACAAUUCUUAUAUAUAUAUAUAUAUAUAUAUAUAUAUAUCAAAGUUUGCCUCUAUCUUCUUUCCCUCUGCUCUUCUAGUUUCUUUCAAGUGCCUUCUUGAGUGCUUGAGAAUGAUGCAUGUGAUUGACUGAGCGACAAAUAUGGAAGUUCUUUCCCUGCUCAUUGGUCUCGUGAUUGCUGAGAGGCCAUUUUUUGCGCUCACUGGGCCAACACCUGGUUCCAUCUUGCAGAGAAAUGACAGUGCACAGGCCAAUCUGCCGGAAAUUCACUACCGUUUUAAAUUUUUUAUUAGAUCACUCUGCCAUUAGGUCAACGCUCAAUGUGACGGUGGUGAUAUUCUAGCUCACAUCAUUGACUAGCCCAAUUAUGAUCAAACCUUCAUGUGGCUGCGAAAUAUGAUCGCCCUAUUUCACACCUCAUUUUUCCGUUGCUUCGUAUGCUGUGAAAGAUUUAUUUUCUCCCUUUCACAUAGAAUAUUGUUGCCCAGUUGCAUCACUACCGUCUUCUAUUGGGGUUUGACGCUCCCUUCCUUGAAGCAGGUCAGCGAGUUGAGAGCGGCGAUCGGUCCCAUCUCGGGGCGCAGCCUCCAGUACUGCACCGACGCAUGCCUGAGGAGAUACCUCGAAGCUCGGAACUGGAGCGUUGACAAAUCGAAGAAGAUGCUGGAAGAGACGUUGAGAUGGAGAGCAGCAUACAGGCCGGAGGAAAUCCGCUGGGUGAGCCGGCCCAGAUCCAUACAGACUGCUCACUAGCUGGAAACUUGAUUCUAAGAGGGCCCCACCUCUGCUGUUUCCUGUUUCCAGCACGAAAUAGCCGGAGAAGGGGAGACGGGAAAAGUCUACAAAGCGGACUUCCAUGACCUCGAGGGGAGAACCGUCCUCGUUCUCAAGCCGGGCAAACAGGUCAGUUCAUCUCUGUAGACCUACCUUCCAUAUAUGGAUAGAUAUAUGGGUAAUAAUGAGGGUACGUGUCCGCUGUGGAAACAGAACACGUCGUCUCACGACAACCAGAUGCGCCAUCUGGUUUACCUCAUAGAGAAUGCGAUUCUCAACCUUCCAAAGGGCCAGGAGCAGAUGGUCUGGCUGAUUGACUUCACAGGGUGGUCGCUGACCAAGGCCGUGUCCAUGAAGACGACCAAGGAGACCGCUCACAUCCUGCAGAGCCACUACCCCGAGAGGCUCUUCUCCGCCUACCUCUACAGCCCCCCGAGGAUCUUCGAAGCCUUCUGGAAGGUCAGCCCCUCUCGCUCGUUAUCCUCAAAUUGGGGGAUUUUUUAAAUUUUAUUUUAUUUUUUCUCUCUCUAGAUCGUCAAGUACUUCCUGGACCCAAAGACGUUCCAGAAGGUGAGGUUCAUCUACCCGAAGAACGAGGAGAGCAUGGAGCUCAUGCGGAGGAGCUUCGACGCCGCGACGCUCCCUGCAGAGUUCGGGGGCGAGAGCACCUCGCAGUACGACCACGAGGAGUUCUCCAGGCUCAUGGCGAAGGACGACAUCAGAUCGACCGAUUUCUGGGGGGCGGCGGAUGCCGAGCAGGAGAAGCACGCCUGCAACGGGUACUCCUCGUCGGAGGUCGCACCGGAGCCGGCCGCCGCCGCCGGCCACGGGAGCUGA